CGGGCGCCGAGAGCGGGUGGAAGAUGGCGGAGGGAGGACGCGCGGAGCCGGAGGAGCCGGAGAGGGGGUCCUCGAGGCCUCGGCCCCCGAGUGCGCGGGACUUACAGUUGGCCUUGGCAGGGCUGUACGAAGAGGAAGUGAAAUGCAAGUCUUCCAGGCCUGCCCGGUCUGCAGCUCCCAUCUUUAAGAGCCCACGGACACUGCCGCAGCGGCUUUAUUCAGGUGAACAGGAAUGUGGAGUACAUAUAGCUCAGCCUCCACCUGGGAACAUUGUGAAUGACCUCUUCAGAGAGGCAAGGGAGCAUGGGGCCGUCCCGCUAAGUGAAGCCACAAGAUCUUCCAGUGACGACAAAGCUAAGUCGUUUACAGGUGGAGGAUACAGACUGGGCAGUUCCUUCUGUAAGCAGUCAGAGUAUAUCUAUGGAGAAAAUCAGCUGCAAGAUGUUCAGAUUUUACUGAAGCUGUGGAGCAAUGGCUUCAGUUUAGAUGAUGGAGAAUUGAGACCUUACAGUGACCCAACAAAUGCUCAGUUUUUGGAAUCUGUUAAGAGAGGAGAGAUUCCCCUGGAGCUUCAGAGACUGGUCCAUGGCAGCCAAGUGAAUCUGGAUAUGGAGGAUCAUCAAGACCAAGAGUACAUAAAACCCAGAUUGCGAUUCAAGGCUUUUAGUGGAGAAGGACAAAAACUUGGAAGCCUUACACCUGAAAUUGUCAGUACUCCUUCUUCUCCAGAAGAAGAGGACAAAUCAAUACUUAAUGCAGCUGUUCUUAUUGACGAUUCUGUGCCCACUACAAAGGUUCAGAUUAGGUUGGCAGAUGGAAGUCGUCUGAUCCAGAGAUUCAACAGCACCCACCGGGUCCUGGAUGUCCGAGACUUCAUAAUACAGUCACGUCCUGAGUUUGCAACAACAGACUUUAUUCUUGUGACUUCAUUUCCGAGUAAAGAGCUAACAGAUGAAAGUCAGACACUACAAGAAGCAGAUAUUCUUAAUACUGUGAUACUCCAACAGCUAAAAUAGUAUUGUUCCAACCCAUGUAGGAAUAGGUAAUGUUGUGCAUAUUGGUAAAAUACUUCCAGCAUAAAAACAACCAAAUUAUUUUUAUUAUUCAGAUAAAUCCUGUUUUUGCUGUUGAUCUGUCUUCCAGUAUUUGUCUAGAUGAAUUUUUGAAUGUUUGAAUUUUUAGUUGCAGGUCAGGCUUAUAUUGGUUGAUAGCUAUAAACAUCUAGGUCAACAAUUUCUUACAUAACAAUUACUCAGUGUUAAUGUAAUAAUGUUUUCAGAUGAAGUGGAAAGAACCUCUUUUGGUAAAAAGAGGUAAAAUUUGGUUUGGUAAAAUUUGCACUGAAGUUUUUUAAUGCAGCAAUGACCAGUAACCAGUAAGGAUACCUUUUCUGUAAUAUAUACCAGUGUCUACUCUGAGUUUGAAAUUGUUUGAUCAUAAAGUAAUUAAGAUUUUGCAUAUUGUUAAUUUUUACAUGUCGUUUGAACUAUGUUAGUAUCACAGAGUAUAUUUUGCCCUUGUAUUUUAUAAAAUUACAACUAAAUUUUAGUAUCCGUAAAGGUCAACCGCUUUUGAGAAGAUGGGAUAAACAGAACUUUAAAGUCAAGGCAUUGCAGUCCCAUCCAGGCCUGCCUUGAUCACUUUCAUUUUCAUCCAGCAUUUUAACAGGGAUCUGUUACACUAGAAUCAUUAUUGUAGAUGUGCAACACAGAAUGUGUUGUUCUUCAGCGUGUGAACUCAGUCUGAGAGGCUGGAGCAAAACUUGCCAGCAAGAUGUUAGUGUUUCCCUUGUCGAGGCACGCCUUGAGUGAUGUGGGCAGUUUUCAUCAGGAACAGAAAAGCUUGCUUCCCCGCAGACACCAUUCCGUCCUUAGCCACCAUUGCUGUGUACUUUUCAGUCGCUGAGGUAAGAAAACACAGAGCUUGUGACUGAAGUAGCAGAGAUUAUCUUAAAGGUAUGUAGGUCGGAUAUUGAAAAAGAGUUUCUCUGCGCUAGAAUUAAGGACUGCAUGGAGACUCUAGAGAAUGAUUGCCUGGCUGCUGAGCCUCCAGAGGCCACCUGUGUUCCUUACCCGUGGUGCUUGCCCUCCUCUACAGCCAGCACUUUCACCUCCCUGAGCCUUCUGUAAUUACAGUGUGCUCUGCUUUCGAGGACAUAAAGACGAGACAGGAUGCACAGGUGAACCCAUGCUCGUUGCCUAGCGUUAGCUUUAGAGUGACCCUAAUCACCCUUCAGGGUUGCUUUUCCACUUCAGUUACACCUUCUUGGGAGUGGGGGAGUUGAUAUGGUUGCUUACCACGGCCCACAUUGUCUUGGAGAUUCAUCUACCAAAUAAACUCACCCCAUUCAUCCACAGGUGCUCAGAAAUCUCAACGUAUCACUUCGACUCAAAGUCUAAAACCUUACCUGCAUUUCACUGGUUUCAGAAGUCCCAAAUCUUGUUAGGAUGACCUAAAUUAAGUGGAGAUUCAUCUCUGCCUGUGACACUAAGAAUGAAUUAUCUGUUCACAGAUAAAUGUCAGGACAGCUAUAGAAUAAGCUAUAAACAUUGAUGGUAAAAGGCAGGCAACAGUGAAAAACAGAGACCCUGUUACCAAGAAGCCUGCAAAUCCAGCCAGACCUUCCAUCGGCGUCUCAGGCCCAACAUUAACAUAUGGCUCUUGUAACUUAGUCCUUUGAAUUUUAACUGUCUACGUCACAUUCCUUUUGCUGAAGCAACACAGCUUGUUUUUAAUUCUCAUAUUGUGCUGUGUGCCUUUCAUUUUAUUUUAUUUAAAAACCUCACAGAUUGCCUAUGUGUCGUGGAGAUGGGCUCCAGUAAACAGGAAGCUCUUCCAAGCAUCUUUCUGUAACAGAAAUAAUCCCAUCUCUAAUGUUUAGUUUUUCAGAGAAGACAGAACUGCAUCAUACCCUUGAGAGCCUUUUGCAUGACUGAAUAUGCAAACCAUUUCAUUACAUGUGUGGUGUGUUGCUUGUGUGCACGUUUGGAUGUGUGUCUGGGAGAAGCCUGGAUUGAUGUUGGGAGUCUUCCUCAGUCUUCUUCCAUCUUACUCAUUUAGGCAGAUCUCAGUUAAGCCCAGAGCUCACCACAGCAGCUACCGCUAGGCUGUCUCCACCUUCCGAGUUCAGGGAUUGUGGGCGCCCAUCCCACCCAGACAGCAUGGCAAGCACUUUAGCUACUGAGCCAUUCCAGCCCUUUGUGUUAUCUGAGGGUUGUGCACCCACACCCUCCUUUUUCUGCUUCAGACUUUCCUGACAGUGAUGUUGUUUGUAAAUUACCUUCCUUCUUAAGUGUCUGUCAUGAGGUAGGCGGAGAGCUCCACAGCCCUGGUGUCAUUCUAUGAAUCACCUUUUCACACAGUGUUUCUGUUUCCUGUCAAACUUCAGCCAGGAAGAAGAAAGCAGGUUAAAGUUGUCCUGAAUUCCAGCUUAGUCUCAAACUCCUCAUGUCCAGCCCUGCUUUGCAUGUGACUGUGCAACUCGGCUAAGCUUGAGUUUCCAAUAGUGCUUCCUCCUGCUCUGAGCCCUCAGCAGCACAACCUUUAACACACCUUUUCUAAAGACUGCUCAGCCGUCUAGACAUUCUCUGGUGACAUAGGUUUUCUCUACCAAGUCUGAGCUCCUUCCAAGCCCUCUCCAGCACUAGCCUGUUCUACUAACAGUCUGAAUAAAGCAGGCUGGGCUCUUGUCACCGUCCUCAAAACUGCCUUAGCCUCUGCACUGAGGCUAUAUGUGAUCAAAGCUGGGAUUUUUGCAACCUCCUGGUUGGCUAGAAUGUGCUGUAGGGGACCUAGAAGUCUCUGGUUAUUGCAAGGAAGCGAGCUGGGGAGUUUUGUUCUGCUGUUUGUUUUGUUCUGUUCUGUUUUGUUUUUGAGACAGGGUCUUGCUGUAUAUUCCUGGCUGGUCUGGCACUCUAAUGAGUGUAGACCAUGCUGGCCUUAACCUCACAGAAAUCCGUCUGCUGCUUCUUCCCGAGUGCUAGGAUUAAAGAUCAGAGUGACCAGAGAGCUAAGACUUCAAGUACUGAGAGACACUGUGGCUACAACAUUUCUAUGCAGAAUUUUUCUCAAUCAUAUAGAGAAAAAAGAUUUACCCUAACAAUACAGGCCCAGCCCUGCUCCUUCUGCGCUGUUAAACACAAUGUGGGUAACAGCUGUAAUUCAGAAGAUCAUACCUGAUAAUACCUGAUACCACCACUUCAGAGCUAAGGACAGACAACUGUGACCUAGGGGCCAGCCUAGGUUACAGUGUGAGACUGAACUUCCACAUGGAGCAAAUCAGGGUGGGCGGGAUGGAAUCAGCAGGUGGAGCAGGAGUGUGGAAACCACCUGCCCAGACCCAUGAAAGCCUGGGAUGCAUGGUGGCCUCCUCUAGUCUCAGCAUCUUGCAGGCAGAGGUGAUCUCUGCAAUCAGUGCUAAUUAGACUAACUGAAUGGCCUAGCUCCAGGUUAAGGCAGAGCCCCCCUUUAAUAAAGAACAGGUGAACACUGUCAACUUCAGGCCUCUAAGCCCAUACAUGGUCUUGCAUACUAGACUCUGUGUGUGCGCGCGCACGCAUGUGUGUCCCAAACACACACACACACAGACACGGACUAAUAGCUCCUUAGUCAUUGUAAAUAAUAGGGGAUUAUCUGUAUUAAAACAGGAAAAAAAGGUCCAAACCUUGUAAAACAAUGUGACUUUUUCUUGUAGAUUUUGUAUCAGUUGUAUUAAGUACCUACAAAUGCUAAAAACUGACUGCCAUUUUUGCAUUCUUUCUGUCCAAAAGACAGAAGCGUCUGUUAGGACAAGAAGUGAAGGCCCACAUGAUGACCAGUCCUUUCACAGAUGUUACAGGCUUUACUGAGAAUCUGUUUAUUCUGUUCUACUGUAACAUUUUAUUUAUUUAUUUUUUUAUUUUU